AUGAACUCUCUUCAAUUCCGUUACGCUCUCUCUCCUCACUCCACAAACCCCCGAUUUUCUCGCACUUUCCCGCCUCUUUUUCAUUUUCCAACAAACUCGCGCUUUCUCUCUUUCACAGAAAUCAAUGCAACUAGAAGAAUAGCCAGAAGAAAACAAGGCUUCUCGAUUCGCUGUUCCUCCAAAACCGAUUCUCAGAUUGAGAAAAACGAUGAACGGCCUCCGUUUGAUAUCAACCUCGCCGUUAUUCUUGCUGGUUUCGCCUUUGAAGCAUACACAACUCCUCCUGAAAACUUGGGUAGGCGUGAACUUGAUGCAGCUGGUAGCAAGACAAUCUAUCUUUCUGAGGAAUUUUUCCGUGAACUUUAUGAUGGACAACUUUUCAUAAAGUUGAAAAAAGGAUCUAGUUUCCCUGCCAUGGAUCCAUCCAUGGGUUGGUUCUCUUAUAUAAACUUAUUUACUGGAACAAGUGAUCCAUAUGUGGUCAUACAGAUGGAUUCUCAGUCUGCUAAAAGCAAUAUCAAAUGGGGGACAAAAGAGCCAACGUGGAAUGAGGAGUUCACUUUAAAUUUUAAGCGGUCUUCAAACAAAGCUCUACAGAUUGCAGCUUGGGAUGCAAACCUUGUUAAGUAUAAGACCUUUGAUGAAAUUGAUGAUGAGAAAAAGUGGUGGAAGAUACCUUUUGUUUCAGACUUUUUAAAGAAGAAUGGUUUUGAUUCUGCACUCAGAAAGGUUAUUGGUUCCGAUACAGUACAAGUCAGCCAGUUUGUGGAGUAUGCAUUUGGGCAGUUAAAGUCAUUUAACAAUGACAAGGGUCGGAUGUCUGAUAAUGAUAAAUAUGAUAUUGAAAGUUCCGAGCAAUCGAAUGAAUCUGCUUUUAUGUUGAAGACGCCUUCUCUUGAGGCUGGUAGUUCAGAAUUCUCUAGUGAACAAAGAAACAUGGAAGAGUUUCGCUCCUGUGACAGUGAAACUGGAAAUGAACAUGCUUUGGAACCAUCACCACAAGCUAGUGAGGAAGAACUGUCAAAUCAACGUUUUUGGAUGAAUUUUUCUAAUGUUAUCAAUGCCAACAUUGUUCAAAAGCUGGGUCUCUCUGUUCCGGAGAAAUUAAAGUGGGACGGACUGGAGUUUCUAAACAAAAUUGGCUCGCAAUCCCAAGAUAUUCAGAAGAUGUUUAUAUUCAAUCUGGUCUUGCGAUGCCUGGAGGCACUGAAGAACCAGACAAUAAAACAAGUGGUCAGCCUGCCAUUGCGGCAAUCCAGGCUUCACUUCCAGAGGUCAAAAAGGCAAGUGAGAUAUUGA